CACACCUUAAAUAAUAAUGCUUUCGUAAUAAAUAAUGCCUUAAAUGUAAAUUACAUGCAAAUAGGCGUAUCGUGCUAACCCAGAACCAGCAAUAGUUCAUAUUUAAAAUAAUAUAGACAUUAGAUAUGAGUAAAGUUUACUGUGCAUUAUACUGUGUAACUUCUCUAGAAAAUAGUUGCAUCCCCAAUAUCAACAUUUACAUCCUUGUUUAUUUGAGAUGUAUUUGAGUUUAGUGCGUGUGCUGGGUUCCACCUUAUAUCAUCAAUUACAUUCUUCCAAAGUAAACUACAAUUUACUAUAAAAGGACAAGUUCUGAAAGACAGCUCACAUUAGCUCUUGAUGAUGCUCGUCGCCUCCAUGGGGACUGUGAGGAUGUCCCAGAUGUGGAUGCUGAGAUGGGUCGUCCUGCUGGUGGGGCUGCAGUCCAUACAAGCAGACUUUAUGGAAGAUUAUGGCGUUACAGAAGAUCCUGUGGACUUUACAACAACAGAAGCAUGGCCAACAACUACAGCAGUCUAUCCCAGUAACCAUGUCAACAACAUCUGCAGUAUGUGGGGAAACUUCCACUUCAAGACGUUCGAUGGGGACGUUUAUCAGUUCCCAGGCACGUGCGAGUAUAACCUGGUGUCUGACUGCCAAAACCUCAUUCGCCAGUUCUCAGUUAAUGUGAAGAGAACAGGACUCGACAAUGACCCAAAGAUCAGCAGCGUGUCGAUUAAUAUUGAUGUCAUCACCAUUCAUUUGACCGAGAACCAGGUCGUGGUCAAUGGAGAAAAUAAAACGCUGCCCGUGUAUAUAGGAGGGAUCCUUCUGGAAGAGAACACAGACUACACCAGGGUCCAUUCCAAAACGGGCAUUACUGUCAUGUGGAACAAAAAAGAUGCAGUCAUGGUAGAAUUGGACUCUAAAUAUUCAGAUCAAACCUGUGGAUUGUGUGGCGAUUUCAAUGGAGUUCCUGAUGAGUUUAUUGAAUCAGGAUCAGGAUUCGAACGAACGGUUGGCUUCAUUGAGUUUGGGAAUAAGCACAGUGUUUACAUCCCAAAUGAUAAUUGCCAAAAUCCCUCUGAAGAAGAUGACGAGAAAAACUUGUUAAACAAGUGUGACAAUUAUAAGGCAGAUUGUGCAGAUCUUUUGGAGGAUGAAGACUGGUUCUCCUGUAAUAAGAUUUUGAACCCUGAGCCGUAUAUCAGUGCCUGUAUACUUGAUAUGUGCAUGUACGAACCUGAAGACACCGACAACUCCUCGCUCUGUUCGACUUUGUCUGAAUAUUCACGUCAGUGUUCGCAUGCUGGGGGAAAUCCACCGAACUGGAGAACACAUGAUUUCUGCGCUGUCACAUGCCCCUACAAUAUGGUACAUUCUGAAAGCGGCUCCCCCUGUAUGGACACAUGUUCGCACAAAGUCACACUGUGUGAGGAACACAAGAUCGAUGGCUGCUUCUGCCCACCAGGAACUGUAUUUGAUGAUAUCACACACAAUGGCUGCAUCCCUGUGGAGAAAUGUCAGUGCACACACAACAACAUCAACUACGAGCCAGGAAAGGGUUUUUACAAUAUGGAGGAGGAAUGUAUAUGUGAGGAGGGAAAGUGGAUCUGUGAGAGUAUUCCCGGCCCUGGCCUGUGCGCAGUAGAGGAAGGAUCUCACUUCACCACCUACGAUGGGAAAGAAUUCACUUUCCAUGGAGAGUGCAUCUAUGUGCUCUCAAAAGACUGUAACGAGACAAAGUUCAUCAUAUUGGUUCAGAUAUAUCCUUGUGGUACUCUUGUUGGCACCUGUUUGAAAUCUAUAGAAGUGCUAUUUCACAACGAUAAGAACAAUCGUCUGGUGAUUAACUAUGACGGCACAGUACAACACAAUGCAAAGGUUUUACUUCCUUACAUGGCAGCUGACUUCACAGUGUUCAAGCCGUCAUCGUUUCACAUCAUGCUUCAGACCUCCUUUGGGCUGCAGGUGCAGGUACAGCUGGUGCCUCUUAUGCAGGUGUACAUCACUGUGAACCAAAGCUUCCAGGGCAAGACUUGUGGUCUCUGUGGAAAUUUUAACAAAGUGCUGUCUGAUGACCUGAAGACCCCUCAGGGCCUGGUGGAGGGUACAGCGGAUUCCUUCGCUAAUGCCUGGAAGGCCCAGUCCAACUGCCCUGACCAUGAAGAGAGGAUAGAAGACCCCUGUUCCUACAGCAGUGAGAUCGAGCAAUUUGCUGAGCACUGGUGUUCCAUGAUGAAGGACAAGGAGAGUCUCUUUGCCAAAUGUCACACCACUGUCAAUCCAGACAGCUACUACAAAAGAUGCAAAUACUCCAGUUGUUCCUGUAAGAGAAGUGAGGACUGUCUGUGUGCGGUGUUCUCCUCAUACGCCCGGGCCUGUGCGGUUAAAGGAAUAUUUCUUCAAGGCUGGCGAGAAAUUGUGUGCGAGAAGUAUACAGAGAACUGCCCGAAAUCACAGAACUACUCCUAUCGGCUGCAGAGCUGCCAGCGUACCUGUCUUUCUCUCGCCUCUAAACGCCAAAUCUGCAGCGUUGACUUUGUGCCCGUUGAUGGAUGCGCAUGUCCAGAUGGAUUCUACCAGGAUAAGAAAGGACUGUGUGUACCUAUUGAAAAAUGUCCAUGUGACUACAAAGGAGAGACAGUCCAACCUGGCACGUCUAUCAACAUUAAUAAUGAACACUGUGUUUGCGUGAAUGGAACAUUGCAUUGUCAGUCUUGGAAAAACCAAAUUCUGGAGUGUCUUACUCCAAAGGUUUUCUUCAACUGCAGUACAGCACGCAAAGAUGAACAUGGAUUGGCAUGUGCACAGACUUGUAUGCAACAGGAAGUUGAUUGUUUCUCACAGGAAUGUGAAUCUGGAUGCCAGUGUCCUAAAGGCCUACUGGACGAUGGCAAAGGAAAAUGUGUUAAACCUCAUGAAUGUCCGUGUCCUCAUGAUGGAGAUUUUCAUAAACCGGGGGAAAAGAUAACUGUAGAUUGCAAUAAGUGCACUUGUCAAGGGGGUAAAUGGAUAUGUACAAAAAAUAAGUGUCCAGGCGUCUGCACAAUAUACGGAAGUGGACAUUAUAAAACUUUCGACCAGCAAAGAUUUGGCUUCAGGGGAGACUGCAGUUAUAUAGCUGCUCAGGACAAAUGUGGAAAUAAGACAGGAAAUUUCCAUGUAAUCACUGAAAAUAUUCCUUGUGGAACAACAGGGACAACAUGCUCAAAGGCUGUUGUCAUCAUUUUGGGGGAAACUGUGCUAGAGCUUUCUGAUGGGACUGUAAAAGUCUCUAAUACUACUAGUGGACCAAAGAUCAACUAUAUAGAGAGAAAAAUUGGGAUGUACCUUGUUAUUGAUACUGACAUUGGACUGACGGUUUUGUGGGAUCGCAAAACCACCAUCCACAUCAUUCUGCAACCUCAGCACAUGGAAAAUGUAUGUGGCCUAUGUGGAAAUUUUAAUGGGAAUGGGAAAGAUGACUUCACCACUCAAGGCAGUUUGCAAACCACAAAUCUAAUAGAGUUUGUUGAUAGCUGGAAAGUGUCAAGCAGAUGCCCUGAUUCUGCACCAGACUUUGAUCCAUGCUUUGAGACCCCCCAUCGUGUGGCUUGGGCAAGAAAAGAAUGUAUAAUCAUAAUGGAAGAUAAGUUCAUAAAUUGCUCUAAAAAGGUGGAUCCAAACCCAUAUUAUGAGAACUGUGUGAAGGAUUCGUGUGCAUGUGACACAGGUGGAGAUUGUGAGUGCCUCUGUACAGCUGUGGCAGCUUACGCUCAAGCCUGCAAUGAUGCGGGUGUUAAUGUUGAUUGGAGAACACCUGAGUUCUGCCCUGUGUACUGUGACUACUACAAUAAAAAAGUAGAAGAUGAAGAAGAAUGCAUAUGGCAUUACAGACCAUUUACACCUUGGUACAAAACCUGUUCCCACAAGGUUAUCAACAACACUUUACCCAACGUGGAAGGAUGUUUUCCAAAAUGUCCAAAGGAUUAUCCUUUUUUUGAUGAGAAACAACAGAUAUGUGUGAAAGAUUGUUUUGGUCCUCCUCCUCCUCCUCCUCCUCAUACUUCAACACCAACAACCACCUCCACUACUCCAAUUACACCUCGGCCACCUGUUUCAACAGAAGUACCAUCUACAACUAGUACAACUCCUGGCACACCACCUCCUUCAACACCGACAAGCACCUCCACUACUCCAAUUACGCCUCUGCCACCUGUUUCAACAGAAGUACCAUCUACAACUAGUACAACUCCUGGCACACCACCUCCUUCAACACCGACAAGCACCUCCACUACUCCAAUUACGCCUCUGCCACCUGUUUCAACAGAAGUACCAUCUACAACUAGUACAACUCCUGGCACACCACCUCCUUCAACACCGACAAGCACCUCCACUACUCCAAUUACGCCUCUGCCACCUGUUUCAACCAGAAAUACCAUCUACAACUAGUACAACUCCUGGCACAUCACCUCCUUCAACACCGACAAGCACCUCCACUACUCCAAUUACGCCUCUGCCACCUGUUUCAACAGAAGUACCAUCUACAACUAGUACAACUCCUGGCACACCACCUCCUUCAACACCGAC